GGUGCGCGCGCAGGAGCGAGCGGCCGUGACGUGCGCCGCGCUACGCCCGACGUCACGAGUCCGUGUGUAGUGGCGGCCGGGCUGCCUGCCCUCAGCGGCGGCGCUUGACUAGGGUGCCGCGGCCGUUGGGCGCAGCGUUCGGGGAUUGCACGGCCCGCGGCGGCGACGAAGACUACGACCAGGAAGCUCGGCUCCCCUGUCCGCGGAGUCGCCACUCCCGCCUCUUCUCCGGUCUCUGGCGACGCGGGCCCGCGGCUUCCCCUUUUCCUGCCCGACUCCCCGCGGGCCUCGGGGUUGCAGCGGCGAGAAGCACGGAGGAGCGCCAGGAGGACCCGGCCGGCCGCGAGGAUUGACGCGCCCGCCACCCCGCUCGGCCCGGGCUUCAUGUGAAAGAGGGACGGGCCUGGCCCCGAGGCCCGCGCCUGACUCCUCGCGCGCCCCUCCGGCCCCCGGGGGCCCCGCGGCCGCCCCCGACCGGGGGCCGCGGUGACAGGCCGCGCUGGGGCGGAGGGGCGGGCUCGGCGGGGGCGGCCCCUCCUUGGGCCUGCGGCUCUCUACGUCCCUGCGGAGCUGCCGGCAAUGCUGAUGGGAGAACCAUUUUCCUGAUUUUCAAAUUGUUGAGCUGUUUGCCAUGAUGGAUGAUCAGCAAGCUUUGAACUCAAUCAUGCAAGAUUUGGCUGUCCUUCAUAAGGCCAGUCGACCAGCAUUAUCCUUGCAGGAAACCAGAAAAGCAAAAUCUUCAUCACCAAAAAAACAGAAUGAUGUCCGAGUCAAAUUUGAACAUAGGGGAGAAAAAAGAAUCCUUCAGUUCCCUAGACCAGUUAAACUGGAAGAUCUGAGAUCUAAAGCUAAAAUUGCCUUUGGACAGUCUAUGGAUCUACAUUAUACCAAUAAUGAGUUGGUAAUUCCAUUAACUACUCAAGAUGACUUGGACAAAGCUGUGGAACUGCUGGAUCGUAGUAUUCAUAUGAAGAGCCUCAAGAUACUACUUGUAAUAAAUGGAAGUACACAGGCUACUAAUUUAGAACCAUUGCCAUCACUAGAAGAUUUGGAUAAUACAGUAUUUGGAGCAGAGAGGAAAAAACGGCUUUCUAUAAUCGGUCCUACUAGUAGAGAUAGAAGUUCUCCUCCCCCAGGAUACAUUCCAGAUGAAUUACACCAGGUUGCCCGAAAUGGGUCAUUCACUAGUAUCAACAGUGAAGGAGAGUUCAUUCCAGAGAGCAUGGACCAAAUGCUGGAUCCAUUAUCUUUAAGCAGCCCUGAAAAUUCUGGCUCAGGAAGUUGUCCAUCACUUGAUAGUCCUUUGGAUGGAGAGAGCUAUCCAAAAUCACGAAUGCCUAGGGCACAGAGCUACCCAGAUAAUCAUCAGGAAUUUUCAGACUAUGAUAACCCUAUCUUUGAGAAAUUUGGAAAAGGAGGAACAUAUCCAAGAAGGUAUCAUGUUUCAUAUCAUCAUCAAGAGUAUAAUGAUGGUCGUAAAACUUUUCCAAGAGCUAGAAGGACCCAGGGGACCAGCUUCCGGUCUCCUGUGAGUUUCAGUCCUACUGAUCACUCCUUAAGUACCAGUAGUGGAAGCAGUAUCUUUACCCCAGAGUAUGAUGAUAGUCGAAUAAGAAGAAGGGGAAGUGACAUAGACAAUCCUACUUUGACCGUAAUGGACAUCAGCCCACCCAGCCGUUCACCUCGGGCUCCAACCAACUGGAGAUUGGGCAAACUGCUUGGCCAAGGAGCCUUUGGAAGGGUCUACCUCUGUUAUGAUGUUGAUACAGGAAGAGAAUUGGCUGUUAAGCAAGUUCAGUUUGAUCCCGAUAGUCCUGAGACCAGCAAGGAAGUAAACGCACUUGAAUGUGAAAUUCAGUUGCUGAAAAACUUGCUGCAUGAGCGAAUUGUUCAGUAUUAUGGCUGUUUGAGGGAUCCCCAGGAAAAAACACUUUCCAUAUUUAUGGAAUAUAUGCCAGGGGGUUCAAUUAAGGACCAAUUAAAAGCAUAUGGCGCUCUUACCGAGAAUGUGACUAGGAAAUACACCCGUCAGAUUCUGGAGGGUGUCCAUUAUUUGCAUAGUAAUAUGAUUGUCCAUAGAGAUAUCAAAGGGGCAAAUAUCCUGAGAGAUUCAACAGGCAAUGUCAAACUAGGAGAUUUUGGGGCCAGCAAACGGCUUCAGACCAUCUGUCUCUCAGGGACAGGAAUGAAGUCUGUCACGGGCACACCAUACUGGAUGAGCCCUGAAGUCAUCAGUGGAGAAGGCUAUGGAAGAAAAGCGGACAUCUGGAGUGUUGCAUGUACUGUGGUAGAAAUGCUAACUGAAAAGCCACCUUGGGCUGAAUUUGAAGCAAUGGCUGCCAUCUUUAAAAUUGCCACUCAGCCAACAAACCCAAAGCUGCCACCUCAUGUCUCAGACUAUACUCGAGAUUUCCUCAAACGGAUUUUUGUAGAGGCCAAACUGAGACCUUCAGCUGAUGAACUCUUAAGGCACAUGUUUGUGCAUUAUCACUAGCAGCCAGUAACCUCUCCUGUGCCUCUACCUAGCUCCCAUCUAUUCAUUCACCUUCUCUCUGACUGCACUUUUCUUUUUUAUAAAAAAAGAGAGAUGGGGGAGAAAAAAAGACAAGAGGGAAAGUAUUUCUCUUGAUUCUUGGUUAAAUUUGUUUAAUAAUAAUCUAAAUUUUUUAUAUUUAAUCUUUUUUUCCCUUACAAGAACUUGAAACUUUUUUUUAAAUUUUUAUAAUGUACUGAUGUGGUUCAGAGAGCUAAAGCACUUUAGUACAUAGUCACUCUUUGUAGUACAAACAAAUCAUUUGGAAUACCUAAAGAUUGUAGAGUCAUUCCCUCUAUCACUGACACAUCAGUGGUGAUGGGAAGACAUGGAAAACAAGGAGAAGAAAAUGAUGUAUAAUUUGUAGUUUUUAGUGAUAGUAUUUAAAAUAUAUCCUCAUUUGUGGGGUUGAGCCCUAAACUUUAGUUUACGGUAGGUACUCAACCUAAAGAAUAUAGGUUUCUUCUUAUAUCUGUAUUCUUUAGAUCCUAACCUCUGUCUACCAACCUUUUUGCUCAGUAGGAGUCUUGAUAGAAGAUACGCAUCUCUGAGAGGUAUGUUUAUUUGUUAAUCCUAACCAGUAUAAUAAGCAAAUACACUUUAAUAGAUCCAUGUUACUGGAAUCUGUAAACUUGAGGGAUAGCUUUCUGCUUACACACACACACACACACACACACACACACACGGAAAACCUUUUAUUUUAAAGUCAAGUCGUGAGCAAAUUGAAAUAAAAGACAAAAGGAGAUCGUUCUUAUCAAAUGUGUGAGCAGUAGAAGAGACCACAUUUGCCAGUCAAUAGAAAUAAUGAAAAAAAUUAGGUGUUUAGUGUAUUUUAAACUUGUUUUACUUGAGGGGGACGUCCCAAAAUUAAAGGAAUGGAGAAAUAAUCAAAAUCAUGUAUACCAUCUUCUAUUUCUAGCUCCUGAUUCCCCAUAGAUAACAUUCCUUAGGAACGAAGAGUUCAAUUAGUAAUAUUUAUGUGUUAUGUAGGGAGAUGAAACCCUUGUUCUUAGGAUCACAGAAUACUAAAGCACCUCCAGAAAAACAGGUAUCAUGUGAAACAGUGGUUGCCAAAAGUGGAGCGAGGAUAAUUUCACUAGGCAUUUGGCAAUUCUUAGAGACAUUUUUGGUUGUCACAACUGGAAGGAUACUAGUGGCAUGAAUUGGGAGAGGCCAGGGAUGCUGCUAAAUAGACUAUAAUACACAAGGAAAGCAACCUCACCCCUCAAAGAAUUACCCUGCCCAAAAUGUCAGAAGUGCUGAGGUUGAGAAACCCUGAUGUAAAGAUCAGUCCCAGUUACAAACUGAAAACAGCUGUUUACAAAGCAGUACAUGCAAGAAAGGAAAGGAAAUUUCAAAGAGAAAGUGAUGUAAUGCAAAUUGAGGAUUUUACAAGAUCAGCUACUGCUGCUUAAGUCAAGGGUGAAUGAUCUCAACAAGCAGCAAAUAGCAGUCACUUUACCAGCUGCAUAUUGCACCCACCUAGGUAACUCUUCAUUUUAGGAACAAACUGAAUUGGAACACUGAGCCUUUUGAACUUAGCCAUCUCUAUAUAUUCUUUCCUUAGAAUUCAUAAUUUUAGGCAAAAAAAAAAAAAAAAAAAGCUUAUCAAAACAAAGUUUUAACUACUAAUGGGAAGGUUAAAAAGCUGCCAGGUAUUUCUAGUACAAUGUAUCCACUAACAGCAAGGACAUUAUUAAAUGGAACAAGACAGCUGGGAAAGGCCCCACUAUCUCUUAAUAGAAUUGUGCUACUAUAAAACAUGAAGAUAUCAGUAAUUUGGCCACUUGCAGUUUUUUUCAGCAUGUUAAAGCAAGUGCUAAGUACUUUAUUUUUAAAGGUCUAGAAAACAAUAGUCUUCCUGGAGGCCCCAAAAUCCCUUUCAUGGGAUUCAUAAGGGACUCAGGUAUUCUUAUUUUCUGCCAAAAGGUGUGCUUAUUUAGGGAGUCUUUUAAGAUACUUUGUUUCUGAAGUUAGGUAGAUCUUGGUUUACUGUGCCAAGGUCCUACCUAGCAUUCCCUAUAGGAAUAUUUGAAAUUCCACUAGCUAGUCUAAGAAGUCAAAGCACAAAAUUAGUUGUCAACGCUUCUCUCAUACUCUUAAAAUUGAAGCAGUUUGCAGGGAAGAACAAGAAUGAGGUGCCCCUGCCUUGGUAAAGCGACUGCCAAAUCUUGUUCUAGAAACAAUCCCCAAGUGUGUGGAUCUAUUAUAAUUUCUUUAUCUUUUAUGAAUGAGGGCAUCUUUUCUACUUGAGCAAGAUCAUGGUCUCUGGACCAGUGGGCUUUUCCUUCAUAUCUGUCUUGUGUAGUUGUGCUUUUCCUUUGGCUCAUUUUUGGUCUGUCAGGGUAACCAGCAGUGCAGAAUAUAAGACAAAUGCUCUUUAGCGAGAAAUCCGGUGAGACUGUAGAACCCAGAGCAAAACUGUUUGUUUUUUUUCAGUCUCUGUUUUCUUUUCUAAAUGCUAUAGAAAAUAAAGGCACCUGAAAAGAAACUACUACUUUAACACUGCUGCGGAAGGCCUUUGCUUUAUAAGACAAAUAUUAUUAGCUAUGGGAAAGUAAUGUUCUUUAUGUAAAGACUUAAAAAUAGACAAAUAGUUUACAGAGUUAUUAUAUAAAAUAUGAUGUGAAUUUAUUUCAAACAAGUUGUGAAGGUACCAAAAACCACAAUAAAAGUUAAUAUAUAUAAAAACUACUAGAACAAAAAAGCUUGAAGGUGUGGGGGUGGAGGGUAUGGAAGACCAAAAGUAAAUUUAAAAAAGAAAGUUUUGAAAGGAAAUAGCUUCAUUGGGGAAGUUAAAAUAUAACACUCCGUUUUUUUUUUCUUCUUCUUCUUUCUAAUAAUGGUAUGGAUCAACGAAUGCAAUUUGAACUUUUUAAGAUAACUCUACAUGUGUUUUGUUUCUUAAAUGCACAAUUGAUUCUUCUAUACUGUAAUGCUUCUUUGCUGACGCUGGAAAAUGGUCAGACUGCUGACUUUGUGCCUUUAAAAUGCAUUCUGCUUUGACAGUGGCAGACUUUUUGGUGCUGGAGAAGAUUCACUAGCAGUCUUAUAUGUGCUUUUCAGGAAAUAUCUUUCUACUUAAGGCCUUGAGAGAUUCAAAGUGGCAUGACUUAGGCUUGGACCAAAUAUAAGAUCUUUUACAUUGCAAACAAAGUGUUGUAUUGAAUAAAAGGGUUAAAAAAUAUUAUAAUGACUAAUGGAAAUUUUAAUGGGUUGGUAAUUAUUUAAAAUGUAUUUAAAAUUAUACAGACUGAAAAUUUCAGUAUGAAUAUCUUGAAAAUUUUCAGCUCUUUUCCUUGUUUACAAAACAUCUUUCUAACUUAAAAAAAUGACUAUUGCCUUAGAAAGUUUUAAAAGGCACAGUUACCCUUACAUAAUAUAUAUGAAUUAAAAUAUUAAUGCAUUUGCUGAACUAUAAAAGAAAAUUUUAAACCUUAAUUUCAGAGUAAAUUGAAUUGGCUUUCACUUGAGAGUCUUUACCUUAUUCCCAAUAGAAACUGCAUUAAAAAGAUGAAACUAUUUCUUUCGAUUAAGUUUCUGCUACUCCAGUUCUUAUAUAUGUCAGAUCUGCUCUGUAGUAUUUCUGAUGGAGCUGUUACAAGAUAUAUGAAAUCACUUAGAAAAUAAAAUCAGAUGUGAAUAGUUUAGCAGGAUGACCAAGCCAGAUGUAGACUCCUUGGUCUAUGGCAAGGUUCUGUGCCAGUGAUUUUAUUUGGAGUCUGGGAACUGAUAGCUUGAUAUAAAAUCACCUGGUGUCAAUUAAAUAUACAAAUCUGUCUUUUUUAAUAGAACGAAUCUUCUUCAUUUGUUUAUUCAAUAAUUGUAACUUACUAUGUCAGGUACUAAAUUAACAUCCUUAUUAAGGAGGUCACAAUCUAGGAACAUGGGCAAGCAGUUACUUACUUUAUGGCAUACGCUAACUCUGAAAGUUCAGCAAUGAUGUUUUAAAAUGUUAUUUUUUAUUAAGUAAGGGAAAAGCAAUUUUAGGUAAUCAUUGGCUGUUAUAAACUGAAAUGUCAUUGACAACAGGGAUUAGAGUAAAAGUGUCCCCAAACUGGAGGGAUCACCUCCCCAACCAGGUCACAUAGCAUCUCUCUCAGGACCCCCUCUUACUGCAAAACCCAGCCUCUACUCAACAGUUCCGGUGAUAGGAAGCAUUUAUUCCAUAAUAGUGGUUUUUUGUUCGUUUUUUUCUCCCAGUGUCUCUUUUAAAGAAAACAUACUUUAUUUUGGUCUAAAUUGUGAAAAUACCCAAAACAUUUGAUAGAAAUCGAACUCUGUCAACAGUGUUAUUUAUACUAAGAUCAGGACAGUUUCUUGAGAUCAUACUGUUUUAUUACUAAGUUUGGCCUUUGUUUUACAAAUGUAAUGUUCAUAUUUAUUUGAAUUUUAAGAUUGGUUAAAUGUUAAUGAAAAGCAAUCCAAUUGUUAAUUUUUAGUAGUGCCUUUUCUCUGUAUGCCUUAAUUUUAUUUUAUAUUAAUAAUUCAAGUUACCCACCAAAAUGAAGAUUUUUUCCAAAAUCAGUAGGCUUCACAAGUUCAUUUGGCCUUAGACUGUGUAUUGGUCCUUAAAUGUUUCUUAAUGCCUGCCUCCUCCUACCCUUUUCUACCUCCUUUUUUUUAAAAUAAAUAAUAAAUGUUAGGAGAGAAACAUUAGGAUUUGUCUGUGAUAGACACGGUGCAGCUUCCACUAGACAUGAAUUCCCAAUAAGCAUAGAAAGAGGUAUUCUCGUUCUAAAGAGACAUGUAAAUGUUUUCUGGGUUGAAUACUUGAUUUUCAGUCACAUUGGCACUGUCCAAGUUCUUGGUAUAUUAUUACAGUUCAGUUAUGAUUUUCAUGGUAGAGUCACAGUACUUAUUUUUGCCCUAAAGAGUCAUUCACAUGGUUUACAGAUGUUGAGGCAAUGAGACAGGACAGUGAGUAGGAAAUCCAGGGAUAGCAGAUUCUAGUCCUUAAUUCUCAGCUAACAUUUUAGGUAAUAGUCUAAGUUACUUUUCUGUGAAGUGUGUGCAUGUGCGCCUGUAUGUGUGUGUGUGCGUGUGUGUGUGUGGUGUUGAGUUGGAGGCAGGGGUAGGAAGGAAGAAGGGGAAAGGUAUGAGUGUUCAAUUUAGCUCAGUUUCUGGUUUUGGAAGAACAACUCAAAUGUAUGACCUACUGAUGAUACACAGUGAGUGUAGUCAUCCUUGGGUAGGAACACCAGUACAUUUUCCACAAGUAGCUAGUAUAAAUGAUUGUAUAAUAAUUGAUUAUAAAUUGCCAUACUCUUGGUUGCUAAAAGUAGAUUAAAACUCAAUUUGUGUAUAUGUAUAAUAAUCUUAUAUAUAAUUCUUAAAUAGAAAGUAAUUGAUUUUACAUAGUUCUUCCUGAACUUUUUGGAGCUGAAAUUCUGCCAAAUAUUACCAAAAUAAGCUUCCUUAGCUUACCAAGUAUUCACAAGGAAAUUCUCUUAUACCUCUUUUUGGUUGGCUAGGGGAAGCAUGCUAUGAAGCAGUUGUUCCUGCUUCAUAGUUGUCUUUGGCUUGGCUUUGACUUCUGCCAUGGUUUGGACGGGAUCCCAUGGUAGGUGUGGGAAGUACUGGCCUCCCAUCUCCCCAUACUCACCUUCCAGAGCUGUUGAUGGAAAUGAGCACUUGGGGGAGCCUAGAGAUUCUUUUUUCAGUGGUCAUGUAAGCAUUCCAGGUUGAGCUUCAGAAAGAUGAGGGAGGAGUCAUAGCUAUAGUAAAGAAAAGAAUACAUUUUAUCUGUUGCCUGUUUACAGUCUCAUAGAAUUCUUCAUACUUUUUAUAAUUGUGCAUUUUAAUUGACAGUCAUAUGGUAUUUUUGUUAAUAACAGCAAAGGCAUUAAAUCGGUACCAUUGUUCCUUCUGCCUGAUGACUUCUUGUUUGUAACACAAUCUGUAUUAUCAGAAUCACUUUAAACCAAAGCUUUUAUAUUCCCUGUACACAUAGCCAAAAUAAUUAGCACUGUUACUUCUGUCCACUUGUAAGCUAAUAGUAUAAAAAUUAUAAAGCAGAUACUAGUAGAAUUUGUAUUCUGGUAUAUCCUUCAAGGAAAAGGACAGGUGAUCAGUGUUUGCAUUUAGACGUGCAGAAGUUACUUCCACUGUUGAGGAACUGUGUAGACAUGAAUUUAAGCUUGUACAUGUGCCAGUCUUGUUAAUGUCACUUGACCACCAAUGCACAAAGACAGACAUUAACGUCUGAUGCCUCAGGUUGAUGGCGUACUUUCUUCCUAGCGUCUUAACAUUUAUGAACUUAUGUUUGACUUGAGGGGCAUUUCAGCAAAGCUGUGAGGAAAAGUAAGUUCCGGACUGAUGUCUGCUUUGUGCCAUAGACAUUUUGGAACAUAAGGAAGUAUCUGCUUCCACUGUAUGUGCAGGACUUGUCCCCACAUAAUUUCUGAAUCCCUUAAUGCAGUUGAGAACAGUAAAAUUCAUGACCAUACCAAAAAGCACUUUUAAGUUCACUUAUUUUUAAAUAUUCUUUUAUAAUUUAUUUUUUAAAAGCAUAUGUAACUAGUGAUGAUUUUAGCAUUAGCUUUACUUGGAGGAGAGAAGUAACAAAAUUACAUCUUAAACUCUAUUAGAUAGACUACAAAAUGGAUUUGAUGUAUUCUUACUUUUCCAAAGAAUUUUUUCCAUCUGGAAUAAGAAGAGAGGAUUAGUUGAAACAUCUGAGCUGGAGAGGCUUAUGGGCAAAAGGAAGUGCGCCAGACUCUUGCAAUACAUGCUAUUCAAUUGAAAGUACAGUGUCUAAGGAUAAAAAUACUUCUUUAAAAACCAAUAAUUGUUUUAAUGCAAUCUUAAUUAGUAAGUGGUUUACAUUUUUUCUAUUGUUAUUGGUUUUAAAAUUUUGCUACCCUGAAUUCUGAAAUAUUAUAAGAGUUAAUACCAAAAAUACUUUUAAUGUCUGACAUCUCUUACAUUUCACAUGGUUCUUUUUAUUCAUUGUAAAUAAAAGUAAACUUGGAUAAAUUUGAGAAUAAACUUUGCGUUAUUGCAGACUAUGAUUAUCAAUUUGUAAAUUUACCCUUUGACAUAAUAAUGUACAUUUUUUAAUGUAGCCAUUAAAAUCUCUAUAUUUAACCUAUUGGUUUCUCUCUGUAAAUGUUUCUAAUCUCAGUUGAAUGCUGGGCAGUUUAUAAUUAUGUACAAAGAGUUUUUUUCCUAUUAAGAUUGACAUUUUUGCACAUUUUUGGAAAUGUUUAAUUUGUACACUGAUUUACUACUCUGACCAAUAAUUGUUGAUGAGUGUAUGAGCGUCAUGAAUGUGUGCAUUGAACUACUGUCUGUGUCUUUAUGUUUUAACUUCUUUCAAGAUGUAGCCAUCAGUUACUGCACUGCUAUUACUGACUUAAAUGGACCUUUUUGCUUUUACAGACUAUACUUAUCUAUGGUUCUUUGUUGAAGAACUCAGGAGUUCAACAUUAAUAGAAAUUAGAAAAUUUUAUAAUGUAUUAUAAAAUCCAUUACUAAGUUGAAAGUAUGCUCUGUGUAUCAGGGGAUGUAUGUUUGUGUGAUUUUUUUUUUUCUGUCUGUAGGCACAUGUAUAUAUCCCAGUAAGUUCUUACUUUCAUUUCAUUUCUACAUUUUUAUGAACUUGUUUUAUAAGGGUACUAUUUAGUUGUGAUAAUUAAAUAUAUAUAAAAGCUUUCUGAGAGAUUAUUUACUAUAUGAAUAUAUUUUCAGCUGGCUGAUCAAAAGUAUUUUUAAAAUUUUGUUUUUAACCAUUCAAAAUGUAUUUGUAUUUUCAGAAUUGAAUGCAAAUCAUACUUAGAGCCCAAUUAAAAUACUCUUGCAAGAAAAAGCAUUAAAUUCUCUUUAAGAGAAUUCUGUGAAAUGCAAAUUAAGGGAAAAAUAGGUUUUAAGCAGUAGCAAAAACACACCGCUAAAAAUGGCCUUUGAAUUCUCAGAGCUAUGGAAAAAUGUGAGAAACUAAAUUGUCUCGAGAUGUCAAGAUUUUUCUAUCUCCAGUUGCUGUUGGCCUGUCCUACUGUUGUCUUUGAAUAUUUCCUGUAUUCUACCCCAAAAUAUUUCAACUUUUAGUUUUUCUAUCACUGGGCAAGGUCAGACUGGGUUUAUAAAACAGUAUAUUGGCAUAUUGUGAUUCUUUGUAAUUGACUAUAAAUUGGUUUUGAAAUGUCCAAACAUCCAUUGUGUGUCUUUAUAUUGUACUGUGUGUUUUAAGUAACUGGCAGAAAAAGAAUUGGAAAUGAAAUUUCCAAUCAACGUUGUAUUAAAGAAAACUUUGUUUUAAAUAUGCGGUACCAUGUAAAAUUACUCAUGUUAGGAAUAAAGUCCACUGUUGAAGUUGAAUGUCACUAAGUUUAUGAUGUUAAAAGGAACCGGUGUGAUUAGGAAAACCUUCCAGAAGCCAGAUAUAGUGUGGUACGUGCCACAUUUCAUGCACAUUUUGAUUUUGUGUUGUCAUUCAAAAUUGUGCUUGUAAAAAUGUAUACUAUUUCUGAGUUUUAUAAUUUCUAGGUACUUGUUUUUUCUUGCUGGUAAAUAGCUUUUUUUAAAAAUCUAAUAUAAAAGAAACCAUGUUUAUAUUUUGUUAGUGAUCAAUGACUUUGUUUAUAUGGAAAUUUGUAUAUUGUUGGCACACAUUUUGUUUAGGUUUACGUGCAUGAAGGCCUGCAAUAAUUAGCACAAUGAAAAUUGCUUUUUCUUACAUGUUCAUUUUUUUGAAAGAUUGUGGUGCAAAGGCUUACUCUAAGUAACCUUCUGGACUAUGGAAUGAAUAUAAAUGAAUGGCACUUUGAGUGUUAAUAAAGCUAAUAUUUAUUUCCACUGUGA